AGCACACCUCCAGUUCUAGCUUUGGGGCGCAACUUAGUCGAGGCUGUGCAACUUGGUAGCAACCAGCCAAGACCGCAACUCCAAGGUGGGACCCCGCCAUCAUCAAGCUACCAGGCAACUCAAUCCCACGAUACCGACGAGUAAAUCGACUUUGGAGGUAGCCUCUCUCAAUCCCAACCUCCCCUUCGCGCCGGCUGCCUGUCAUAAAUCAUGGCGUCUUCUCCGCCCAUCGUCCUCGACGGUGGAACUGGUUUCCUCAAGGUCGGUUACGCCGCGCAAAACUUCCCCGAGUUCCAAUACCCCUCGAUCAUCGGCCGGCCAAUCCUGCGAACGGAAGAAACGAGCAGCGACAAUGACAUCGUCAUCAAGGACAUCAUGUGCGGCGACGAGGCGGCGGCCGCUCGCACCAUGCUCCAGAUUAGCUACCCCAUGGAGAACGGCAUCGUCAAGAAGUGGGAUGACAUGCAGCACCUGUGGGACUACACGUUCUUCGAGAAGAUGAAGGUUGAGACCAGCGGACGCAAGAUUCUCCUGACAGAACCGCCCAUGAACCCCCUGAGGAACCGAGAGCAGAUGUGCGAGGUCAUGUUUGAGCGGUACCAGUUUGGUGGUGUUUACGUGGCUAUUCAGGCUGUGCUGGCACUCUACGCCCAAGGUCUCAGCUCUGGGGUGGUCGUCGACUCAGGCGACGGCGUCACCCACAUCGUGCCCGUCUACGAAUCCGUCGUGCUCAACCACCUAACCCGCCGCCUCGACGUCGCCGGCCGCGACGUAACUCGGAACCUCAUCGCGCUGCUGCUCCGCCGCGGCUACGCCCUCAACCGCACAGCCGACUUCGAAACAGUGCGCCAGAUCAAGGAGAAGCUCUGCUACGUGUCGUACGACCUGGAACUCGACAAGCGCCUUAGCGAGGACACGACGGUCCUGGUCGAGAGCUACACCCUGCCCGACGGUCGCGUCAUCCGCGUCGGCAGUGAGCGCUUCGAGGCCCCCGAGUGCCUCUUCCAGCCACACCUCGUCGACUGCGAGCAGCCGGGUAUCGCCGAGUUCCUCUUCAACACCAUCCAAGCCGCCGACGUCGACGUGCGCUCAUCCUUGUUCAAGGCCAUUGUGCUCUCGGGCGGGAGCAGCAUGUAUCCCGGCUUGCCGUCGCGGCUCGAGAAGGAGCUCAAGCAACUGUGGCUUACACGCGUGCUGGGCGGCAAUCCGGAGCGCUUGAGUAAGUUCAAGGUGCGGAUAGAGGAUCCCCCUCGUAGACGGCAUAUGGUUUUCUUGGGAGGUGCAGUGCUGGCAAAUAUCAUGGCGGAUAAAGAGAGCAUGUGGAUCACUAAGCAGGAGUGGGAGGAGCAAGGUUCCAAGGUGCUUGAGAAGUUAGGCCCGCGAUAGUGAAUCCAGGGGUCGUUGUUUGUGGGAUAGAAUUAUGACUUGUGAAGUUUGAGCCGAUAUGUUAAAAAGUAUGUCAUGACCAAGACCAUGCUUUGUCUUGCGGACUCGAUGAGAGCUGCAGUGCAGGGGUACAUGAUUCCCACUGAUACCAUCAGUUGGACAAGUAUGCUUCUGUUGAUGCCCCUUUCAUUGACACGGCAUUUCAUGACUACACCUGCUCUCCAAACUCUACAGUUCCGGUACAACGAUCGAGUGUGGGCCGAUCGAUAGGUUAUGGCUGUGUUCAUGAUGAAACUAUGUACUCGAUUCGACCUGGAUAAUGUCAAAUAUGACUGAUUCAAGUUGCAACUGUUCGACAUCGUAGAUGUCCACGGGAGAGAUGGACAGCCACACUUUGCACCAGCCACAAAUCUAGACUCAAGCUUCAACCUUACUCGUC